ACGGUCAAGCCCACAACACAACCUUGACAUAACUUCGUCUCCUUCCUUAAUCUCUUCGCCAUUCCCAUCACAAUUCACAUCCUCCCCACCUAAGCAUUGUAAGCUGUCUCUCUCUCUCUCUCUCUCUCUCUCUCACACACACACACACAGACACACCCCAAAACCAGAUAAGAGCGAACAUCCGAUCUCUUCUGAUCGUCCCCUUCCUCCGGCUGACGAUUCUGACAAUGGAGAAAGACAAGCAAUCCAAACCAAACAAGCGAAGCAUAACUAGCAGCAAGCUCCUCAAGUUGCUUCCUAGAGCCGCCGCCUCCGCCGUCUCCUUCCAGAACCCGCCCUUCAGCCCCGGCCGGUCGUCAGAGAAUCACAACAACAACAAGACUCACCACCGGAAUCAUUCCCAUGUCGGGAAGGGAUUCUCCGGGCCAUUGAUGGUCUCGAUCAUCCCCGACGAGGCCCGCCGGAGGACGAAGAGGAAUGAAGAGCUCGACUUCGGAGCCCCCGAGCCGGUCUCCCCAAAGGUCUCGUGCAUGGGCCAAAUCAAGCACAAGAAGAAUAAGAUUAAGAAGAAGAAGAGCGAGCCCGAGGUGGAUAAAUCUCGGAGCAAGCGUCCUUCCCCGCCUAAGAAGCAGUCGUCGGCGAUUCGGAGGAUCUUUGGCGGCGGGAAACAGAGAAGGGCAGGGGAGAAGUCCACUGGCAGCAGUGCUGAUGUGGCACCAGAGCUGGCUCGGCUGCCGGAUAGAGGGCCAGCACUGGGUCAUAUGAGGCGGUUCGCGAGUGGGCGGGAGGCGUUCGCAGGGUUCGACUGGUCGGAGGUGCAGGUGGCGCCAGCGGACUCUGAGCAGAGGGAUCACCGUGAGGCAGGGGAAGAGGAAGAGGAUGAAGAAGAUGAGGAGGUGAUGAUUCCCUUCUCGGCACCGAUUCUGGUCGGCAGAGGAGGAGGCGUAGGCGAAGUCGGAGACGGAGACGGUCAUGGAGGAAUGAAUUUGCAGCCGAGGAAGGAGAUAAACCUGUGGAAGAGGCGGACAAUGGCCCCGCCCCGGCUUCUACAGUUGCACCCCUGAACAGCAAGCAUUAACAGAGUGCGUCCGUUCCUCAUUCAAUCCUCUGUUUCGCGAUUUUUUUUUUUCAAUGAUAAAUUGUUAUGUAAUUGGAAUUAAUCCGUGCAUGUAUAAUUCAUUCAAAUACAUGAAUAUAGAUCAUACACUUUUGCUCA